AUGGUCGCGGGAGCGUACAAGACAAGCCCUGUAGGGCAAAAAUCGUACAAAAAUGGCUUUUCUGCCAAAAAGAACGGGUUUGCAGCGCACGAAAAGGAAAAACUAAAGGAAUUCAAAGAUUCUUUUGUGGAGGAAUUUGAAGAUACUCCGUUCCAAGUGGCAGUGUUGACCUAUCUGUCGUACUUCUUCUUGAUCCUGUUCGGUUACCUGCGUGACUUUCUGCGAAAAUACGGGCUUGAGAAAUCAAAAGCGCCCAAGGAACACGGAAAUAAGGUACGUUACGGGUUUUUUUGGUUUUUUUUUUAAAUCGAAUUUCCAGAUGAAGUGAAAUUCUGCAAGAUCGCACGAGUUCUUUGCAGUCAGCUGUCCGCUAGCGUAAAAUUGAUGUGAUACGACUCGAUCGAUUGUAGGCGUCAACCAAAAGCUAUUGUUAAAGGUUGAAGCUUUCUUUACUAUACUUGAACUAAAGACCUUUAUACUGAGAGUGUACACCGGACAAAUUUGUUUGUGUAAUUGGGAUUUGCGUUAGUUUUCCACAAACACGAGGCACGCAUCACGUACACUGUACAAGCAGUUUCGUAAUGUUUUGAUGCAUUUAAUUUCAGCACUGUCGGGGAACGAGUGUGUACCCGAGUGUGUCGUCAUCGACAAAGAAUGCAAUGUUUCAUUAUUUUGUUGUGUGCUGUUUACUAUUUGACUUCAUUUUAAUUUUUGGCAAUGUUCGCUUUUAGCUAUUAUCUUGAAGGAUAUAUAAAACUACGUUUUUUAUCCUUACACUAUUCAAGUGAAAAUACUCUCUGAUAUGAAUUUUUAGCAUACACUGUCACAUCUAAGUCACCCUGUGAAGUUUAUACAAUUACAUAACUCCAAUACAAGAAGUUUUAUUUAAAAAAAAGAUUGUUUUAUUUCAUAGUAGUGUAAAUCAUUAUUAUGUGUACCUUGGAUAUGGAGGAUAAGGGGAACCCUCUCAGAACUUUCUAGAGUACAUCAGUUUUUCAAAAAAAUAUGGACAUUCAAUGUUCAGAUACUUUUCUCUGAUGGGCAAAACUUUUGGAUACAGUGCUGAAACAUACAUGAGGUAAAGUUGAGCUUACAAAAUCUUUUUUCGGGGGGGGGGGGGUCACUCAGAAGAAUCCAUGCAUUUUAAUUUUUAGUCUCAUUUCCUUUUAUUGUCAACAGCUUGAGAAUCUUGUAUAAUGAGAUGAAAACCCGUCUACAAUAAAUUCACAACUUUAUUUAGGCAGCAGAAUUCAGAGCUUGAAGAACAUUUGAAUUUUGGCUUGGGUCUGACUCUGUUAAAAGUUCAAGCUGCCCUAAGGCAUUAACUGUGUAUUAGCCACUGGAGACUCAUUUGCAAAGAUAAUUGUUAUGUAACAUUAUUAUAAUGAUGUUAUGUAACAUUAUAUAAAUUAUAAUGAUAUUAUGUAACAUGGAUUUUUUAUUAUUAUAAUUUUCAGGGCUUUGUCCCCCUGUAUGCAGAUUUUGAAAGCUUCUACACCAGAAAUCUGUACACUAGAAUACGGGACUGUUGGAACAGGCCAAUUUGUAGUGUUCCAGGUGACACUAUCAAGAUUCUUGAUAGAGCUUCAGAUGAUUAUGGAUGGUCGUUCAGGUAACAGAAUUUAACUGGAUAAAAAUUUUUUUGACUUGUUGUCCUGUAGGAACAAGUAAAACUACAGCCUUGGUCAAAACAUCUUGGUACACUUGAGGAAAUUAGGUACAAAGAUGUACUUUGCUAAGUUAACUCAUAUUCUACCUCUUAAGAAUGCUUGGGGAUGUUCUCAUAAGGAGCUAUUUCUGCUGUCCCCCUCUCCCCCAAGUAGUGUUGAUUGUGUUAAAUUAAAACUUGAAGCCAUGACGUCAAUACUGCACCAGGGGAAAUGGUGCCUCAAUUUGUGACGAGCUAUUGCGUUAGUGUCCGAAGAGCUUUGACCAGAGUUGUAGUAUUAAUGUCUUUUGUUAUUCUAAUCAAAGCAGUAGCUGUUUUGAUGUAGGGAUAUUGUAGUUACUUGGUUACUUGAAGAAUUUGAAUACUAAUUUUUGCCUUUUUUUCUUGUUCUGUAAGUUGGAGCUGAUGUACUGCACAGUUCCUUUAUUAUUUUGCAGCGCAAUUGUUCAAUAAAUAUUUUGGUCUGAAUUUUAUCCUUGGUUUGAUCUGAUUUACACUGUCAUUUGGUUCAGACUUUGUUUUUGUAUAUGCUUAUUUCUUUAUGAUAAUGAGUAUAAACUGAACCACAAUAUACAAUGUACAGCUGUCUUCCAAAGAAGCUGUAAAGCUGUAGACAAAAGCAUGAUGUACUAGUCUGUAUGCAUUAAUAAUUAUUAAAAACUGAAUCAUUGGAUAAUGCAAUUCUAGCAUCUUGAUUGGCUUAUCCGUUAUGGUAUAUGAGCUAAUAUACCAUGUUCUCCAUAUAUGGUCGGUGUACGCGUCAGUUUAAAAUUGGAAGCUAGCUGAGAUUUUUUUCGCGAAGGAUAGAACGGCGCCCGAAGCAAAUCGUUUUAAUUCAUUUCUUAGAAUACUAGAAAUGCAAUUUCAGCGCAAGAAAAAAGACAAAAACAAACAAAAAAGCCACAAGAGCUUGUCUGAAAGUUUGUCGAAAAACACAUGAAAACACAUGGAACUAAAGUACCUUGACCAGCUACGAAAGAAGACAAGUGUUGUUUCUUCAUGAUCGCGAAGCCAUUCGCCGAUCAAGUCACUCGCCGAUAGAUAACUGCAGCUUGUUUAUCCGACAUCAAGAAUGUAAAUCACAAGUAACCAGCUACAAAUACAGGCUAUGCAGCCAUUCACUAGAGCAAUCGAGGCGGCAGUAUAGCUUCUUUUUUCGUUCAGCAAAACCAGCUUGUGGCUUCAAACAACUUCAUAACAAGCGACCGAGGUAAUACCGGUAGUCUUUCUCCGUUGUUCUUACUUUUAUAACUGCACCGAAAAUCCAAAUUCAUAGUAAUUUCGACGGCUGUCGCUUAAAAAUUCCUUUCCUUCACAUUAUCUGCCAGGUUUUUUAAGCUGUUCCGCUGUGUAAAAUCCUAGAAUCACGAUGAGUUUUUCAAAAACUAAUGUUCAUCGCUACAAUGUUUUGAUUUUUCAUUCAUCCAGUCUAGGCGAGUCCGUUCGCGCGUUGACAGUUUUGAUAGACGUGUGACAUGUCAAUAGCGGAAGUCCCUUGUCUUUUCCGGUUUGUUCUAGUCGGGGCAAUUCAACGAGAUUUUGUGGGCGUUUUUAAUAAAACAAUUAUUCCACUCGGGCUUGUUGGAUAUGAAAUGAUUAUAGCCAACUCGGCGCUAUGCGCCUCGUUGGCUAUCUAUCAUCUCAUAUCCAAUGCGCCCUCGUAGAAUAAUUGUUAAUUAUCCUGCUCUAGGGAAUAUUUUUUCCAAGUCAAAAUUAUUAUUCAGGUUAAAAUUUUUUAACCUACAGCUGUAAGUUGAUUCUCGAUUUCGUUUGUCUCCCAGUCCCAAUUCAUGAAUAAUUAUGCAUUAGUCAAUUCCACCUGCGCACAGUCAGAACAUCCUUUCAUAUUUAUAAAACUGUUCAUAACAUAUAACUUUACAGCACUCUAUUAAUUUUAAUGUCAAUAAUUUUAUAUCAAUACUAAAACCAUAAACUGGUACAUGUCGUCGUUAGAAUCCUAGCACUAUUACAAAGGAAGACGUUAAAUGAAACAAAAAAAUCGAACAUUAAAAUGCUUAAAAUGGUGCUAUUCGCCUGUUCGAUCAAUGAGAAAUGUUGCAGUGUUGACGGAGGACGGGGCAUUUGCCGUCUUUUUUCGUCCCCACCCCCGGUAAUUUGCCAUCCAAGGCAAAAAAAUGCCAAUUGGUUUGGGGGGGCUGGGCACGGGUGGAAUUGACUGAUGCAUUAGGGCUAGGAGACAAAGGAAAUUGAGAGUCAACCUAGGUUAAAAAUUUCAACGUGAAUGUAAUUUUGACCUGUAAAAUAUACACUGGAUGGUCUAAGCUUCAAUUUAGAUCAGCUAUUGUUACUUGCUUGCCAGUGUGAUCCUGUUAGCUUCCAUGUUUUGACACAAAUAAACCUAGUCAGGUGUUAGCAGGCAACUCUUUGUUGAGUUGUUCUUUUACUGGCUUUCAUGCUUUGAAAAAAGAAUGAUCAUUAUAUCACUUACAUAUGUUUGCCUCCUUUUCAAGGCAAACUGGACAAAGUACGAAGGCUCUCAACCUUGGUUCAUACAACUACCUUGGGUUUGCAGAGAAUGUUGGGUCAUGUGCGGAGGCUGCAGAGGAGGCAGUAAAACAAUAUGGCGUGGGAGGAUGUAGCCCACGACAUGAGUAUGGUAAAGACUCAUAUUCAAACUUGUACACUUUUCCUCUGAAGCUAUUAUGGUUCCUAUGAAGGUGAAAAGGUUCAAUUAUCUAUGAUAAGAAUUAAAUUUGAGGUUUGCAGAUUGUCAUCACCAGAUUUUUCACAGCUUAACAUUAAAGGGUUGCCCACGUUCCCAGGGCAACUAAAAGUUUUUUGGGGGCAACUUAGUUUCAGGUUCUAGUUGCCCUAUUGAUCAACUGUUAAUUUCUCGGAAUGUGGCUUCUGGGUAAUUUAUCUUCUUUAAUAAUUGUUUCGUUCAAGCACUUGUUCUUUUCUGUGGCUAAGAAACGGGUUAACAGUUUUUCAAAGGUUUUAAGAACAGAAUUGACCAGUCCGAUUGCAAAAUCCACUAGCCUUGGGCCAGUGCUUCAUGCUGCAACCAUUUCAGUUGCCAUGGUGAGUGAAAAAAGAUAUUGCUGACUAAACUUGCAGCGAAAGUCGCCAAUUUGGUGACCUUUUUUCGGUAGUCAUGUGUCAAGGUGUACAGCAUUAGUUUAUCAGUUAGUGUAAAUGGUCUCUCUAAAGUUAAAUUCAGGUGAACAUUUGCAAGAAAUAUUAUUUAUGCUUGUCCCAGUGUGAACUGUGGGGCAUCCAAAUUUGAUUGCAAUGUAGGCAUGAUAGUUGAGCAGCCGUUUUGAUAAGGCAAGUGGGAACUGGGUCAGAUGACAACAAGAAUGAAGGUAUCUUGUUGCAACGGCUCUUUAAACUUCAAGCAAGUUUAAAGAAUAAUGAGAAUCAAGGGCUUUAGUAAAAUCACGUGGUUGAAAAUUUUUUUGACAAACAAGUAUGAUGCAAAAACUGAUUUCCCAUGAGAAAAAGUAUUCUUUGCACUUGCUCUGGUGAAAAACAAAGUUGGAAAAAUGCAUCUGUUCUUUCAGGUGUCAUCCAGGCUUUGCAAAUUAAGAAAAAUAAUCAGAGUUUCAUGCUUUCAUCAUGUACAAUACUUGAGUAUUAAUUAAAGCAACGCUGGAAACUGCAUUAUUGUAUAUUUGACUGGUUUUAGUAGCUGCCUUUGAGAUCAGACAAAAAAUUCGUGCCUGACAUGGCACUGCACUAAAUGGGUUUGCAUGCGUCUGAAAUUAAUAGUUGCAACACAAAAGGAAAAGUACAACCUUUCUUUUAUUUCAUCAUUCAGUGGAGUUUACAAUGAUGUGCGAGGUAGAUGACAUUUUGAGAAAUUUGAAUGCUCUUUUUGCUGCUGGAGAUCCAUUUGCUGCAAAAAAGCCACUGGAACUUGGCAAAAAUAUGAAUCAGUUCUACGGAAGGAAACUGUUCAGAAAUAUACUUGAGAAGCUUACCUGAGGAUCAAUGUACUUUGAACAGCUUCAUGCAAAACACAUGAAAAAUGAAGUACUGGUAAUGAAUUUGGUCAGCGGUAUAACCCUUCGUGUAAAAUGAAAUCUGGCUUUUUUUUAAUGGCGACCAAUAUUUUAUGUCAGGUGACCAUUUUAUACUUUUAGGUAGACUUUCAAAACAAUCGAGCUUGGUGCACUGUUUGGACGCUGUUUGUUCAUGUAGUGUUUUUCAGGAUGCCUUUAAUGUAGAUGUUACAGAUCAAAUUAUGGUAUGACUGUUUCUCUCCCCUGCAGGUACUCUGGAAAACCUGCAUGAUGAGUUAGAGCAUCUUGUUGCACGGUUUAUUGGCAAACCGGCUGCUAUGACGUUUGGUAUGGGCUUCGCUACCAACUCAACUAACAUACCAACCCUGGUAGGUAAAGGAGACCUGAUAGUCAGUGAUGAGCUGAACCAUGCAUCACUUGUAUUGGGAGCUAGAUUGUCAGGAGCAAAAAUUAAGGUCUUCAAACAUAAUGGUAAGAAUUCUUCCAGUUAUCUUGCAUUUAGUAGUUGGUGCCCACGGUGUAGAGAGGAGACGUCAUUACAUCACAAUGUGAUGUAAUGACGUCUCCUCCUCUCUAUGACGUCUCCUCCUCUCUAUGUCCAUGGUAGCAAAAUUUCUGGAUUGCAACAAAGCAUGGUCCUGCAAAUAUGACAGAAAAAAACAAAAAAAUUGACAUCAGUGACUUUCCUGUGCAUGAUUGCCUUCAGAAACAAACUGUAAGCUCUUACUUUUCUUCCAUCGUUCAACAAUGCAAAUGGUCGUCUCUGUCAAGAAAGAUUAUUGAUAUCCAGAAAGUUUGCAAUGUGGGCAACAUGACGUCAAAUUUCUUCUCUCUGUCACUUCAGAUAACAUUGGGCGAUUCCAGAAAAUAUCCAUACUAUACCACGGACGGCUUUUAGGAUUUCCGAAGGGGAGAGGGGGUUCACGAUUAUGGAAUUCUGAGGGCAUGGGGGGGUAUUUACGAUUUGAAAUCCGAAGGCAUGGGGGAAUUCCACAGGUGGGUUUUCUGGAGUAGAAAGUGUAGAGUGAGUCCUUGAAAACGCCAUUGUUGUGGAAUUUUGUAGUUCGUAAAUAAACCACGAACAUAUGACCGCGGAAGCAGAAGACAAGCAUCGAUAGAUCAGACACGUGUUUACGCUCAUAACUUAUAGAAGUGAACAGUAAAACAUUGGUUUCACAUUUACCUUGAUGAAUUUCUUGUCACAUGAAUAAAAACUGAAAAUGUAUCUUUAAUACCGCUUGCAAAUUUCUUGUUACUCCCGUCCGAUGAACAGUAAAAAACUCGCACCAGUCCCUCGCUUCCAUGGAACACCUGUCAGAUUAGAACACUUUUCGUGCACACUACAUGACCUAUAAAAGGACGCAACAUGACUCGACGGUAUAUUUGACCACCGAAAGAUUUUAACAGUCUGAAUUUGAGCUAUUUUGCUUUGUAAACGUCAAAACAGCACAAGAAAACAAAGAGGAGUAAAAUUACCUUAAGUGGUGUUUAUUUUUAUAGCCAAAUUCGGACUUAAAAAGGAGUUUGCACAGCCUGGCCACUAGCGGUAGUUUUUUCUUGUCACUGAAGAGUAAAGCUUGUUGCCUGGCGCCGCUUGAGCCUUGAGGAGGCAUAAAUUCAUGUUCGUUUGUUCAGAUAGGCGUUGCUAAGUCGAAAAUGUACUUAAAAAAAAAUGGAAAUUCUGGAGGGGAGGGGGGUUCACGAUUAUGGAAUUCUGAGGGCAUGGGGGGGGGGUAACGCAUUUUGGAAUUUCCGAAGGCAAGGGGGGGUUAAAACAUGGAAGCCGUCCGUGGUUGGGUAUGGAUAUUUUCUGGAAUUGCCCAUUAGAAGCAAAUGUUCUGUAACUACAGCUGUACAUGUUUUAAAUAUCAUAUGAAGACAGUCCCCUUUCAAGAAUCGUAUUAGGUAUAAAUGUACUUGUAAUUUAAACAAGUUUCAUUUUUUUAUUUCUUUUAUGUUGCGUAGAAAUAUGUAUUAGCCUUUCUGCUUAACCCAAGAAUUUGUGAAAAUAAAGUUCAUGUAUGUUUAUGUAUGUGUUACACAGGAUUUUCUUUGUAAAUUGCUCAGUAUUAAAAGAUUUCUUAUAAUUUAUUAAGUUAUAAUUUAUUGUGUAACUGCCUUUAGAUAUGAAGAGUUUGGAGAAUAUUCUCCGCGAGUCAGUCGUCCAGGGGCAACCUCGCACCCACAGACCUUGGAGGAAAAUACUUAUCAUUGUUGAGGGUGUAUACAGGUGAGCUAAGAUUGGUGAAGCCAUAUAUAUGCAUUUUUGACCACACAUUUUAUGGACUAAAAAUAUGAAAAAUCUCAAACAAGCUCUUGUGACCCUACAGUGUACAAACUUAGUGUUAAUAACGGAGACAACAAUCAGUGAUUUUUGGAAAACACUGUCACAUUGCCAUUGAUGUAGAAAAUAAUAUUUAGCAAUUAAAUUUACAUUCGGCUUUCGUAUGAUCUGUAGAUAUCAGUAAAUGUAUGUAUAAAUGUAAAACCAAAUCCAAUUAUAAAUGAUGAUUAUAUUUUUUUAUUCAUUUAAAAUAUUUCAAUGCCAGUCUGGAGAAUUUGUAAGGGUUAACCUCCUUGAGCUAAGCUAUAAUCCUUGUGUUCUUUUAUUUUUUUCUAGUAUGGAGGGCUCUAUUGUAAGACUCCCAGAAGUCAUUGCCCUUAAAAAGAAAUACAAAGCAUACCUUUUCCUGGAUGAGGCCCACAGCAUUGGUGCCAUGGGUCCUCGUGGAAGAGGCGUGACUGAUUACUUUGGAGUGGACCCUAAUGACGUCGACAUCAUGAUGGGUACAUUUACCAAGAGUUUUGGUGCAGCAGGAGGGUACAUUGCUGCAACUAAGGUGAGUUUACAUGUAAGAGUGUAGUUUAACUCUCUCUACAAUGGCCACUUGGGGGACAGAGAUAAUUGGCUGUUGUAAAGCAGUGACCUUGAUGGAAAGGUAGACCUUUUUUGAGAGAAAGGGUAGGACAUUUUCAUUUUCAAACACAUAUAACACAAUCAAAGAAUGUCAAUGAAACAGAAAUCAAAUCUUCAGCCCAUGAAAAAAAAAUUGUCAACAAAACAAAACAUGGAAAGUAGUAUAGAAUAAUAUUGGCACAUUAGCUUUUGCAUUGUGGAUCUUGUAAUGGCCAUUGUGGAGGGUUUAUUUUGGGAGUUGGGACAGACUGAAGUGUCUGUUGCUACUGUGCAGUAGUGUUUAUUAGAGAGAGGUAGAUUUAAUCUACCAAAGGCCACCUGGUCAGGGGUGAAUGCGUUAGUUAUUAACCCAUUCACCCCUGAGUCCUGUGUUUCAGCUCAUGUGGAUCCACCUCCAUUGUUUCAGGGUUGUCACUAAGAUUUCAAGUUGCCAGGUAAACACAACGAGUAGGCGGGGAAAUCAAACAGCUAGGGAUUUCUUUUGGUUCUAUUUUUCAAUAAAAGUAGCCGGGGGCCACUCUCUUAGUAGCCGGGGAAAAUCCCCGGCCCCCGGCUCUUAAUGACAACCCUGAUUGUUUUAACUGGCCUUGACAACUUUGACACCUAACUAAACUGUGCUCAAACUUGCCAGUGUUUUAGCAUCAGGAAUAGAAGUCCACAAAGUGCUUGAGUGUGUACUGUCACUCUUCAGAUUUAACAUCCUUGGCAGAAAACACUUCUAGACGGUCUUGACAUUCUAUGAGUACUUUUUUACAUGUAUAUAUUUUUAUUGGGAGUACACCUUCAAAGUUCCAGUCUUUGAUGAGAGAGGUAUAUGUAUGGAGCACUUAGAUGUUUCCCAAGGUUGCCAAGUUGCAUUUCCCAUAUUGUUGUAUGAUUAGUUCUAUUUGCACCCUUUUAUGAACAAUAGGUUAACACUGGUUUCAUUUUACAGGAGAUAAUUGACCAUAUCAGAGGUUGUUCCCACAGUGCUGCAUAUGCUUCGUCCAUGUCACCACCCGUUGCCAUGCAAAUUAUUUCAUCUAUGAAGAUGAUUAUGGGUGAAGAUGGCACUGAUAAAGGUUAGUUAUAGCUCGCUGUCAAUUCAACAAAAAAUAAUUCCGGUUUGAAAUUUGGGAAAUUCCACGUGCCCAGUGGAACAGUACAUUCCAGUUGCACAGACCCGACCGAAGCCACCACGCGUUUGGUUAUUGUUCUUGUAAGUAAGACACAAAAGAGCGGUACUGGGGACAACAAUUUUGUCAAAUGGAACGGGUCAUUUUGGUCCGACCGACCAAGAUGACGGAAUGGUCAAAGUGGACCACCUUCAAAUUAAAGCUGGUCCCAAAAGUUCCGGUUGGACCAAACCGAAAUGGUGCGUUCCAUUUGAUGUAACAACUGAAAUUUCUGUAGUUUUGGGUUGAAUGGAAAGCGCCCAUGAUGAGCUAGAUCCCUGCCAAUGUCAGCAAGCAGUAAAUUCUCUUCUCUUUUCCCUGUGAUGAGGUACAAUGCAGCCAGCAAUAGCAGUGAAAUUUUUGGGAAGGCAAAAUCUGCUUUACUCAUGAUUUUGUUAUUAUUUUUAUCCCCUGAGGAAAAUUGAGAGGUGUAGAAGUAGCCCCCUUUGAUUUGCCCAGACUCCUUGAUGGUUACAUGAGAAGACAAAUUCACACACCCAAACAAAAAGACCUGCAAUGCUGAUGAGCAAAACUUGUUUAACAUUACAGACCUUUUCAUCCCCUUGCUGAUCAUUUCCUUUUCUCUUGUGACUCUUUAUGUCUGAUUAAGCAGGGAUGUUAUGAGGAGAAAUGUUAGAAUCCUGGUAACUCAACAUUUUUAUUCCUUCUCUCACAGGAAAGAAGAGACUGACUGCUUUGGCUGAAAAUAGCAAGUGAGAAAGAAAAAAUACAUGUAGACCUUUUUGCCAAAUAUUUGACAGGCAUAAUAAUUAACAAAAGACUCAGGGUUCUCAAUAGAAGGCGGCACCCGGCGAUUGAUCGCCGCUUACUUUGGGAUUUAUAGCCGCUUACUUUGUGUUUAAGUCGCUUUUCUUUGCUUUGUUUUGACACCUCUGGCUUUGCUGAAGAGCCUCCUACUUUAUCAGUGAUCACCUCCUACUUAAAAAUCUAUUGAGAACCCUGAAGACUAUCAUGGGAUGCCCAAGGGACAUGGGUAUAUGUACUUUCCACAAACGCCCUCAUUUUUGGACAAAAUUAUUCACACAAUGGUUUUUAGUGUGAAUAAUUUUGUCCAAAAAUGAGGGCAUGGGCAUCUGUCAGUUCAGUUCAUUGAUUUAUUUGGACAAAUAAAGUAAAGUAAAGUAAAAUUCAAAAUGAUUAACUGGCGAGGGAGUGCAAAUUAAUAAUUAAGAGGCUUCAAAGUCUAGGCUCCCUAGUCAUGGAAAGUAAAGAUAAAAAUAAGUCUAAAUUUACAUGUAUGCCCUGUUUUUAAGGAGACCAACAGUUAUUGCUGCGUUCAAAUGCUCUUUAGACAAAAUUUGACGUAAAAUGUGACAAAAAAGAAUGCCUUUCCUCUGCAUCUUAGCUUUUUGAGAACAACACAAGUGGUUACACAAGCUGGGAACCACAUACUGGUACAAUGUACAUACUGGUUUACCCAGUUGGCAUCCCAUAAUACAAUGUGGUCUGUUAAGAUUACAGCCUGUGUAGAAAGUCAUGUCUGGUAGCCUGUGGCUAGUGAGUUUUGUUCUUAACUUGCCCAAUGGGCAAGUGCUGUUUUUUGGGAAAAUUCAAAUUACAGAAGGAUUGUAAUUAAUCCUGCUAAUCAAAAAGGGUUUUGGGACUAGGUGAAAUGACUUGUGGGCUAGUACAUGCCAGCUACAGCUUGCCCAAAUUGCAGGCUGUAAAACUGACUUCCUUUGCACCCUGAGAUUAGUUUAUUCAUGAGUCGGCCCUGGUAUCAGUAAAAAGUAGUCUAUUAAUUCUUUGUGUACACCUCAUGUUGUUCCCUUGUAGAUACUUCAGACAAAGACUCAAGAAAAUGGGAUUUAUUGUUUAUGGUCAUGAUGCCUCACCAGUCAUCCCUCUUCUUCUUUAUAUGCCUGCCAAAAUUGCGUAAGUAUUUAUAUGUGGUUCAAGAUUUUGACAGUAGUUUUUUAUUAUAGGCAAGCCUUCCACUAGAGUGCUUGUUGAAUUGGUUAAAAUAAUAUAAGGCAUUAUGCUAGAGUGCCGAAAAUAUGUAGAAUUUUUCAGAUGUGAUUUGAGCUAUUUGUGGGAAAAUAAAUCAGUGAGAAUUAUAUCAGUCUUUGUAUCCAUGAAAAAAAAAGCGACUUUUAGACAGUUGCCUGAAGUAGUGGUGCAUCUGUAUGAGCUACAAAGGUAGCAUAUUAAAUUCUUUAGUGUUACUGGUAGUAUUAAUUUUCCUGAAUAGGAUUAAUUGAAAUCAUGUAAUGUGAGUGGUGUUUAUUAAACAAAAGUCUUCUGAUAAGCUGUAUCUAGCAUAUUGCUUGAAAAAGUUAACAGCUAGUGAAUUAUUCAAGACUGUCUUGUUAACAAGGGCAAUGAUUAUUGUCUGAUGUACAAACAUUUAAAACAUCAUGUCAUGUCAUGUUGAAUUGGAGUGUAACUUGUUAACGUUCUAUUUGAGCCCACUGAACCCGAUUAUAUGUUUGAUUAUUCUCAUGUCCCUGUUCUGUUUGUUGUUAGUGCCUUUGGCCGUGAAAUGUUAAAGAGGAAUGUUGCUGUUGUUGUUGUUGGCUUUCCUGCCACUCCUUUGAUUGAGUCUCGUACUCGGUUCUGCAUGUCAGCAUCGCACACUCGUGAACAGCUGGAUAAGGCAAGUAAAAACAGCAAUAGCUUAUAGCAAAAAGAAAAUCGACCAUAACUCUUUUAAUUUAUACAAUAAUUUUACUCUCAUCAGUUGACUUGUUUUACUCAAAGCAAGAAAAGUUUUGAAUUUUAUUCUGUGAAAGUGAAUAUCAGAGUUUGAACAAUGCAAAAGUAUUACCAGAGAGGGUGUAUUUUCGAAUGGUUACACCAUAGUGACAAUGCUGUUGCAAAGGGCCAGGAGCGUGGGAUUUCCCCUGGCUACUUUGAGAGGAAACAAAAGGAGAAUACUGUAGAACAGAAAGCACUUUGUGGCUGUGCAGUUUUCCACCUACUAACAGCUGUACCCAACAACUUGAAAUCUUGGUGACAGCGGUGAUAGUUUAGAGGGUUCACACAGUCUUAAAAAUUCAUUGAAUUUUAAAGGGAGUCCCUGAAAAGUGCGUACAUUUCUGCGGAAGUCCUUGAGAAGUCCUUAAAUUUUCUUUAACCCUGAAUGUACUGUAGUUGCCUGGAAAGCGUUUUUUAAUACUUCUUGUAAAUUUUCCACUAACAGAAUAUAAAUCAUAGCUCAGAGAAGUUUUAAAGGGUGACUUACAUCAAGCCUUUUUUGUUUUUUGCUAAAAUUAACUAUCAAUUUAAGACAAGUGAACUGAAAAAUGUAGAGAAGGUGGUGGAGCAAACAGGUCAAGCCUUUAAAGUCCUGUUAGAAUGGAUUGGGAAUAUGUGUUUUUGUACAAUCUGUGAAAUUAAUGUCCUGGUAGGUGGUCCUUGAAAAUUGAAUGUGGUCCUUGGAAAGUCCUUUAAAAAGGGUUGCAAUUUUUUUGUAUGAACCCUGGUAAGGAGAGGCUAAAAAGUUUGCUUAAUAUACAUUGCAGCAGUUCACAUCAUCUUCAUUCUAUGGUCAAUUACAUGGACCAUACUUUCAUGUAUUUAAAGGGAACCUCCACUCUUACUACAGAAUAAGUUUAAAUCGAAUAAAAUUAUGUUGAUAAACAAAUUUGUUCGAAAUUUGUCUUAAAAAAAGUGUUUAUAUCAGGAAAAGUGAAUUUUAAAAUCGCUUAUUUUCACUUUCAAAUUUCGCGGGCGCCGCCAUCUUGAAUAAUUGUGACGUGUUACGGUUGCUCUAUUGUUCUGACACAAAGAGCUUUUGUUUAAUAACAAUAGGGCAACCAUCACACGUCACAAUUAUUCAAGAUGGCGACGCCCGCAAAAUUUGAAAACAAAAAUAGGCGAAUCUAAAAGUUAUUUCUUUGGGAUACAAACGCUUUCUUUAAAAAUAUUUUAGAUUGACUUGACUGUAACAGUUAUUUCCUGUGAUUUAAAGUUAUCUUUUUGUUGAAGUGGAGGUUCCCUUUAAAUGAAAUAAACAACAUAAUUACCUCUCUCCCAAUGUACGUACGUGUACAUGUAUGGGUCUUCAUAGCAGAACGCUGAAGCACUUAUGCAGAAAUUAAUUCUUUUUGGCCUAAAUUUGCAAUAUUGCUCAAAUUGCUAUAUGUUAAAACUGCGCUGGUCAUAUCCUCAUUUAGAUUUAACAUUUUAUCUUCGUACAUUUUAGGCCCUUGAAGCCAUUGAUGAAGUUGGAGAUAUUCUUCAGCUAAAGUAUUCCAAGCAAACUAAAAACCUGAAAGCAUGACUUCCAGCUGUACUCAGAGUCAAGAGCUAGUGUGCAGUGAGCAGCAACAGUUACACAGAUGAUGUGAAUGUAAGGGUUCUUACCAUUUGUCAGAAAUAGAUGGCUAGACCAAUCCUGUCAUAAAGAUAAUUAUUCCACUGUUAGGCAGAAUUUAUCAUACUAUUUCUACCUUGCAUACAGUUAAAAGGAAUGCCCAUUCCUUAAAUUGUAUGAAAGGUAGAAAUGUAUCAAGCAAAAACUUUCAAAAUAACCAAUUUUAUUUUCAAAAAAGCUGGUCCAACAGGCAGGCCAGUUUUGGCUUUUGGCAAGCGCCUGAAGUCUUACUAACUUUUUUUUUUCAAAAAAGGAUGAAAAUACUGUAUCUAUGCAUAGUUGGUCUGAACUAGGUGUCAGUUGCUUUUUUGUUAUGAGCAAGGAACUUCAUCCAAGCAUACGCACGCUGUAAACAAGAAACACCAGUAGUAGUAUAGCAUGUGUAGCUGCCAGGUUUGAUGGUGAAAGGCAACAUGAGGUGUAUGAGCAAGUGGGAAAGCCGUAAAGAGAAUGGGGUGGAAACAUACUGUCCCUCACAACCUCCUUUCCCAACAAAAUCGGCCGCCAGGUAGGCUACACCAGUGGGCGUUUCUUGUUGUUGCAGAAACCACUGUUGGUUAGUCAGUAUGUUGUGGCAUAUAUGAUUGGUCAAUGUUUAUUUCAAUCUUUUGUGUCAUGUCAUUUGGUGAUUACACCAAGCUUAAAACACCGAGCAACUACCACCAUUCAGCUGGUUAUACUUGAACAAAUUAUUGGACACUGCAUUCUAAACAUGAUCUCAAACAGGUCUGAUCAGUAAUAAUAACUCUUUAUUAAUUAUUAAUAAUAACACUUUCUUUGAUCAAGCGCAAUCUUGAAAGAUCCUUAACAUCCUUUAAUUUUGUAUUUAUUUUCACUGUGAAAUUGAUACCCUCUCUUGCUUAUUUGAAUGACUCUUUUUUUUUCAAAUAAAAUCUGUAAGCAAUAAUAACGAACAUUACAAUUUGUCAGAGUUGAAAGUCAAAUAUUAUUUUAUUAAAUGACCUUGCCUCAGAACCUAGUUUUAAAGUUAAAAAUGGAUUAAAUUAGGAUAAACAUAUUUGGGCAAAUAUCGUGGAUUUAAUUGUUGUAAAAAGGUACACUUCUCAGGUAAAAAAUUUUGUUAACUUGUUUUUCAUUUUUAUAAACCAAAUCAAUUUUACCGAAUGCUCUUCAUUUCUUUUGAUAACGUUUUCACACCGUUGAUUGUAGGAUUACUUAUUUAAACAGCAAGACUGUAUAUUUACAAGUUAGUUUUUUAUAGGAAUAGACCGGAAGUAAGGUACAAAUAAUGGGAAUAGAACAUUUUUAUGGACUGUUUACAAUGUACGUGAAGGGAAGAAGAUCCUAGCACAAGGAAGAUCCUAGAAGAUGGAUCAUCCUAGCGCCACAUGUUUUACUCACUUUACACACAAAAAGUUGUGCUUGUCCCUAGCGCAAGGAUCUUCCUAGUACUAAGGUCUUCCUAGCUGAGGGGCAGGAAGAUCCCAGUACUAGGAAAAUCCUAGCACCAUGGAAACUGCUUUCGCGAGGAAGAUCCUAGUACUAGGGACACACAGAACAAAAAUGGCGGCGAGUCGUUCAAUGGGUGAUCUUUAAUCUGCAAUUCCUUCUCCAUACGAACCGAAAUUUUUGUAUGUAAACCCAACGAAAAGUUGUUCCGCCUUCUUGGAUCUUCUUGGCGCUAGGAUCUUCCUUCCUUUAUGUAAACAGCUCCCCAGUUGGUAAUGAAUAGGCGGUUACUUUUGCCGCGUGAUUUCUUUCCUACUUAAAGUAUAACAGAUAAGACAUUGUUGUCAUUUAAAUGGGAAUACAGUGUAAGUCUUUAUGUUUUAUAAUUGCAGCAGAAAUUCCCGGGGGGUAGGGGGGUAAUAAGCAACGUGUUAUACCUUGAGGCUCCGCCUUAAGGUCCAACCCCUUACGGCUUUUAUAUACCAUUUUUGACAGAAAAGGUACCCCCUUCGUAAACCUUCCGUUAAAAAAUGUUACCCUUUAAAUAUACGUAUUAUUUACCUGUAGCCGAAAAAGGGACGCCUUUCGGUCGGAGCCUCUCCGUGUAGGCCAUUAUAGGGAGUGCUCCCGGGGGGGAUCAUAUCACUCAACGGUUACCUGUGGAACUGGCCAUUCUACAGGUGCAUUACAAAGAAUAGAAGGUGUUAAAUAAUAGUGAGUUUGGAAUUUUUUCGUCGUUAACAUCGUGCAUCAAGGGUGACCCAAGCCGAUGAUGGUUUUAUUCUGUAAUUAUAGUGCGAUGUACCACGUAAUGAUAAUCAUUCACUUGUGUGAUUGCAAAUAUAAUGUGAAAUUCAUAUG